GCAUUUGAGUCACUUGGAUAUUUGCUAUACAGACAUAGUCACUAUCAUAGUUAUCAUUAUCACCAAGUAACUAGCUAGUAUAUUACUAGUCUACUACUACCUAGGAGCUAAGAUUAUACACACAAACACAGGUUGAAAUGAAGAUGGAAAUCAAAGAGGAUGAUGUUGAGGGUGGUGGUAAGCAGAUCAAAGGAGGAAUAACAGAACCAUUGAUACAUGCAAGCAAAGUAGAACAACAUCAUCAUCCAUGGAUGGUUUAUUUCACCACAUUCAUUGCUGUUUGUGGUUCUUAUGAAUUUGGUGCUUGUGCUGGAUAUUCAUCUCCAACUCAAGAUGCUAUCAGGAAGGAUCUUAAUCUGUCUUUGGCAGAGUACUCUUUAUUUGGCUCCAUCUUGACUUUUGGUGCGAUGAUUGGCGCAAUAACAAGUGGGCCUAUUGCUGAUUUUGUAGGACGAAAGGGGGCAAUGAGAGUGUCGAGCGCAUUCUGUAUCGCAGGGUGGCUUGUUAUUUACUUUUCUGAGGGUCCAGUGCCUUUGGAUAUUGGUAGAUUAGCAACAGGAUAUGGAAUGGGAGUUUUUUCAUUUGUGGUUCCUGUCUUCGUAGCAGAAAUUGCGCCAAAAGAACUUCGAGGAGCCCUUACUACAUUAAAUCAGUUUAUGAUUGUUACUGCAGUAUCUGUAUCAUUCAUAAUUGGAACAGUACUUUCAUGGAGGGCUUUAGCUAUAAUCGGCCUUAUUCCCACCGCUGUGUUGCUUUUGGGUCUGUUCUUCAUUCCAGAGUCUCCGAGAUGGCUGGCAAAGCGAGGACGCACAAAAGAUUUUGUAGCAGCAUUGCAAAUACUUCGCGGAAAAGACACUGAUAUCUCUCAAGAGGCAGAAGAAAUUCAGGAUUAUAUAACAAGUUUAGAACAGCUCGCAAAACCGAAAAUGCUGGAUUUGUUUCAAAGAAGAUAUUUGCGCUCACUCACGAUUGGAAUAGGGCUUAUGGUUUGCCAGCAACUUGGUGGAAUCAAUGGAGUUUGCUUUUAUACUAGCAGUAUUUUUGAUCUAGCAGGAUUUCCUUCUACGACAGGGAGUAUAAUUUAUGCUAUCCUUCAGAUUGUGAUCACAGGUGUUGGAGCAGCCCUCAUAGAUAAAGCCGGCAGGAAGCCCUUACUUUUGGUAUCUGGAUCAGGACUAGUUGCAGGUUGUAUAUUUACAGCAGUUGCCUUCUAUCUUAAGGUUCAUGAUGUGGCUGUGGAAGCAGUCCCGGCACUUGCCUUAACCGGCAUACUGGUCUACAUAGGAUCAUUUUCAAUCGGAAUGGGAGCAAUUCCAUGGGUUGUGAUGUCCGAGAUAUUUCCUGUCAAUAUUAAAGGGCAAGCAGGAAGCCUAGCGACAUUAGUGAACUGGUUUGGCGCAUGGUUAUGCUCCUAUACUUUCAACUUUCUCAUGAGUUGGAGCUCUUAUGGUACCUUCGUUCUUUAUGCUGCAAUCAACGCGCUAGCUAUAUUAUUUAUAGUUUUAGUAGUACCAGAAACCAAAGGUAAAAGCCUUGAACAAUUACAGGCAGCCAUUAACGCGUAGGAAGUUUGCGAUUUGCAGUGUUUGGUGGAACAAACAAAGAAUGCAAGUUGAUGAUUGAAUCAUUGUCACUAGCCAUAUUUUUUAUAGUCUAUUUACUUCUAUAUUUGAUGAUUGAAUUCACUAUUAUUUGUCUUGAUGUCAUUGAUUCAUGAAAUAUACUCCAAAGGAACUAUUAUAUUUCAUUUGAAAAUAUUACAAGGUAAAUUUAGCCACAA